AUGUCACAGUCGUCACCUCGCGGAUUUACCCCUAGGGGAAAUUCUCAUACCGACACUCAAGCACUGCUUGUCUAUCCCCUCUCGGUGGGUAUGGUCAAGUUCAGUAUCUUGGCUCAGUACCAUCGUAUUUUCGCUGUCAAGCAGUUUCGGAUAGCCACCAUUGGAGUCGGGCUUUUCGUCUUUGCCUAUACUAUAAUUUGCGUUUUUGUCAAUGCUUUCGAAUGUCACACGAAACCCUGGCGUGCAUGGGAUCCAAGCUUUCCCACAGGCUGCAACAAUCUCCCCAUGACAUAUUUCUCAACAGCGGGGAUCAAUAUCUUUACCGAUAUAGUAAUACUGCUCAUGCCAUUACCACUACUCAUGAAGCUAAACCUGCACACCAGGCGAAAAUAUGCACUCAUCGCCAUUUUCCUGACUGGAACAUUCGCCUCUGUCGCCUCUAUCGUCCGCCUAAACGCACUAUACAAAUACACAACAACAACAGACGUCUCCUACGACGCGAUCCAAAUCCUCUUAUGGUCGCAGGUCGAAGUCAAUGUCGCCAUCAUCUCCGCAUCCGCUCCAUCCCUGCGUCCCUUGUUCAACAAUAUCUUCAAGAGCUCAUCAUAUGCCCACUCUUACGGACAGUCCCCAUACCACGGCGCGUCUCAGACCCCAAAUGCGCAUGGCACGGCGAGAUCGCAGACGCUUCGGCCCAGGGAUGAUAGGGCUUUUGAGAUGAUGUGGACCAAUGGGCGCGGGGAGGGGAGUGGGCCUGGAAUGUCGGUUGAGGAAUCGGAAUCGACGAGGGUGCCGUCAAAUACUGAUCGGAAUAGUAGUCAGGAGUUUAUUUUGAUGCCUAAGUCGAAUAUCACCAAGACCGUUGUUAUCGAAAUGAAGAGCGAGGAAAGGAGGUGA